AUGGCUGCACAAUCAGUAAAAUUAACUUCAUUUGUUUAUGAGGAUUUAAUUCGGCAAAUUCAAUUCAUUCAAACUCAUGUAAUUCAGUUGACGAACUAUCUAAACGAUCGAUGUCAAACGGAUUUAAAAUCACGAUCAUUCUCUUUUAGUGAUCCAUUCGGAAACGAAAUCACUCAGAAGUUUAUGGAUCAUGAAAUCAUCGACAUUAUCUUUAAAAAAUAUGUCACAGAAUAUAUACCAAAACAUUUACGACCAUUUAUCAAAAUUGGGAAAAUGUACCAUGGUCACAUCCAGCUGAUGCAUGAACAUGAGCUCAAAUUUAAUGCAUCGCAAUUUCGUGAUGGCUUCCAGUUUAUUGCGUGUUGUGAAAUAACUAUUUGGGUGGGUGAUUACGAAAGUUCAAUAUAUAGACAAGUGGUAAUGCCAGUGCGUUUGUUGGAUAGUAUUGAAAGUGUUAAUAACGGCUUGAAGAUUCCACCGAAAAUUACAAAUGUUGAAUUUAAGUCAUUAAGAAACGAUCGAAAUAUGAAACCGACGAGAGAUAAUUGGGAUCAAGGUAAACCACUCGUGUCUUCGGAUACAAUUGGUUCGUCUCAAUUAUAUCAAAACGAUACAAUUCUAAUGGCAAAAUUGAUACAACCACAUGCAGAUUCUGCACAUUCCAGUCCUA